AUGAAACUCGGAAAUGCUGUACUUUCUCUCGCAGCGUUAGUACGUAUUUCUGUGGCUGGGAAACUUGGCUACUUCGAUGAUAUCUCCAUCUGCGCGGAUCCGGAUGGCCUGACGACGUGCUUCGAUAGGGCGGAGACGCGACACACAACCUGUAUCAGCGAGGAAUGCCCAGAUACCAAAGAGGAGAGUCAAAAAUGUGCUGAUGCCUGCGAGGGAAAGGAAAUAUGUGCCCUAAACUGUCCCGGUAACUGUGUUUCUCCUUGUGGGGCUGAGAGGGCUGGUAGCCAAAUCGAUUGUAUCGCAUCUAGCUGUUGGAAUCAGGUUUACUCCUGCGAAUACCAACAUACUGUCGAAGACUUUAUCUCGCUUUAUCAAAAGGAAUAUCUCGAUGAUAUUCCGUUCUGGCCCCCACCAGAUAAAGCGCCUGGCGGAUGCUCUUGUAACAUCGGAAAAGUCCUCAAGAAGGAACUACAGAUCGAGAACCAUCUAACUAAAUGUUUUGAUAAUACGACGAAUCUUGACGGCAAUGGGGGUGACUCUGAUGAUAACGACAAAUACGUCAUGGCCUGCCAAUGCUGCGCAGAGAGUGCUGUUCGGUCAACGGUCUAUGACACAUGUCCCAACACCGAGCCCUCUACCAUUGACGCCGAAUAUUGGUUUAAUAGGCUAAUGGAUGAAAAAGAUUGGAGUUCAUGCAGAUCAAUUUUGGACGAUUAUGAUUGCGUUGAAGAUCUAGGGUAUGGGGCUGAAAAUGCUGGUGGCACUCAUAAAUAUUACAAGCCUGGGGAAUCUCCAAAGAAUGGCACGGAGACUCUUUCUAACACCAAUGGUGUUAUAUCCACGCCUAUUAGCGGGACCAGCUUUACUUGGGAUUAUAGCACAGACGUGCACACUGUUAUCGCCAAGUCGACAGACUAUGUUGCCACGGCCAGUGCAGCUGUGACUCCAGCCAGUACUACGGACACUAGGAGUGAUACCGAUGUCAGCCAAACAGAUACCGGAGCCGGCAAUACGGCGACGGGCAAGAGCUCUGCCUCUGUAUUUGCUGCGCAAUUGUGGAGAAUCAUCGGCUUGGUGGUUAUAUUGGACCUGGGAUUGAUAUGGUGA